GUGCCUAAGGUGAGCGGCGUGGCAACCAGUCCGAGGUCGCUGGUUCCAGUGCAGGGCCGGACCGGCUGGGUGGGUGGGAAGUGCUGCCAGUAACGCCGCAGCCUCGGAGAGAGAGAAGAUUACAAAUGCCAGAACCAUUUAACUGAUGGUUAACUGCUGAAUUCUGACACUUCUUUAAAUAUCUUCUUGCACCAACAUCUUCACUGAGAGGAAUUCAGGAAAAGUAGCAGAGGGAAGGAGAAAUCACAUUUACAUGUACCAUGGCUAUACCAAUAACAGUACUUGACUGUGAUCUCUUGCUCUAUGGCCGAGGUCACCGGACAUUGGACCGCUUUAAGCUGGAUGACGUGACUGAUGAAUACUUGAUGUCCAUGUAUGGGUUUCCUCGACAGUUCAUUUAUUACUUGGUGGAGCUCUUGGGGGCAAGUCUUUCUAGACCUACUCAGAGAUCCAGAGCUAUUAGCCCAGAGACACAGAUCCUUGCAGCACUGGGCUUCUAUACUUCAGGUUCCUUCCAGACUCGGAUGGGAGAUGCUAUUGGAAUCAGUCAGGCAUCUAUGAGUCGCUGUGUUGCCAAUGUCACCGAAGCACUUGUGGAAAGAGCCACACAGUUCAUUCGCUUUCCAUCAGAUGAAACCUCCGUGCAGGCUCUAAAGGAUGAAUUCUAUGGGUUAGCCGGGAUGCCAGGGGUUAUAGGGGUGGUUGACUGUAUCCAUGUGGCAAUCAAGGCACCGAAUGCUGAAGACCUUUCCUAUGUGAACCGCAAAGGACUACAUUCUUUAAACUGCCUGAUGGUGUGUGACAUUAGAGGGGCACUAAUGACUGUGGAGACCAACUGGCCAGGCAGCCUCCAGGACUAUGCUGUGCUGCAGCAGUCUUCCCUCAGUAGUCAUUUCGAAGCUGGAAUACACAAAGAUAGCUGGCUGCUUGGUGACAGUUCCUUCUCUCUGCGUACUUGGCUCAUGACCCCCCUUCACAUUCCUGAAACCCCAGCCGAAUAUCGCUAUAAUAUGGCCCAUUCUGCAACUCACAGUGUGAUUGAGAAGACUUUCCGAACCCUCUGCUCCCGAUUUCGCUGCCUGGAUGGAUCCAAGGGAGCGCUGCAGUACUCACCAGAGAAGUCCAGCCACAUUAUCUUGGCUUGUUGUGUCCUCCACAACAUCUCCCUGGAGCAUGGGAUGGAUGUUUGGUCCUCUCCAAUGACAGGACCCAUGGAACAGCCCCCUGAAGAAGAGUAUGAACACAUGGAGUCCUUGGACCUGGAGGCUGAUCGAAUCCGUCAGGAGCUGAUGCUCACUCAUUUUAGCUAAUGUGAGAGGUGGAGGGGAGGGAAAUUUCCCAGAAGGAGUUAUGACAAACUUUCUGCCUCACCACCCCCUGCAGAGUUCCAUCAUCUAGCAUGAUUGCGUAUGUGGACACUUGUCACAAAUUGACAUUUAAUCUUUGU